CGUUUUUUUAUCCAAAAUUAAGAGUGCCUCCUAUAUCGAAGAAGUUAAAAAAAUAAAGAGGAAAUUGGCAAAAUCGGUGUCCAAAAAUACAGAUUUCCGAGCAUAGCGCCACAGUCAAAGAAUAUUACUAAAAAUAUUCAUAUUCAUGAAAUCACAAGUGCAAUAUUGCAAAACACACCUUAGCCUUUUGUUAAUCCACCUGUCAUCUCAGAUUUUUAAAUAAUGCUUUACAGCGAAAGCAAAUCCAAGCGUUUAUGUAAGUUUAUCGAUAGCAUAGAAAGACAUUAUGUACACUAAGCAUUAAGUAGCUGGGUCACGAAAAUCAGAAAAGCAAUCAAAUUAUUCGUUUACCUUUGAUGAUCUUUGGAUGUUUUACUCACGAGACUCCCAGUUACACAACAAAUGAUCCUUUUGUUCCAUAAAGAUUAUUUUUAUAUCAAAAUACCUCUGUUUGUUUGUCGCGUUAUGUUCAGAAAUCCACAGGAAAGAGCCGUCACGACAACGCAGACAAAAAUUCCAAAUAAUAUCCAUAAUGUCCACAGAAACAUGUCAAACGUUUUUUAUAAUCAAUCCUAAGGUUGUUUUUAAAAUAUAUAAUCGAUAAAAUAUCAACCGCAUAUGUCUUUCACAGUGGGAGAGGGAAAACAAUAGCUGUCCAAAUUCUGUUGCGCGAGCAAAGCUCAUGUGACCACUUGACGCAAUGUUACCGUUCUGGCUCAUCUUUCAAAAUAAAAGCCUGAAACUAUGUCUGAAGACUGUUGACACCUUGCGGAAGCGAUAGGAAAAGAAAUCUGUUUGAUAUCCCUUUAAAUGGAGCAAUGGCAGGCUAUGGAACAUGGAGUUUUCAAAAUAGAAACAGCUUCCUGCUUUGAUUUUCCUCAGGUUUCACCUGCAAUAUCAGUUAUGUUAUACUCACAGACAAUAUUUUGACAGUUUUGGAAACUUUAGAGUGUUUUCUAUCCUAAGCUGUCGAAUAUAUGCAUAUUCUAGCAUCUGGUCCUGAGAAAAAGGCCGUUAACUUUGGGAAUGUUAUUUUUCCAAACAUAAAAAUAGUGCCCCCUAGCUUCAAGAGGUUUUAAGCACAUUUUUAUCCUGGACUUAUUUAGGCAUGCCAUAACAAAGUGGUUAAAUACAUAUUGACUCAAGACAUUUCAGAUUUUCAUUUUUAGAUGGGGUAUUGAUUUGUCAAGUAUUGUGUGUAGGCCAGUGACAAAAAGCUCAAUUUAUUUAAUUUUAAAUUCAGGAUGUAACACAACAAAAUGUGGAAAAAGUCAAAGGGUGUGAAUACUUUCUGAAGGCAUUGUAUGAUACUGACUUGUAAGUUUCUGUGCCAUGUCCCUGUAUGGGCUUGUAGGGGCACAUAAUUCAGUACCCUCUGUUUGUGACGUGGUUCUUGAAAUGUGACCUAAGAAUCAGCCAUAUCAUCGUCCUACAGGAACAGGGCACCUGAAGUUGGUGAAUCUGUCCCAUAUCGCCCUGUGCUCUAUGGGCUUUGAGCUGGUCCUGAAGACUCUGCCUCUCCAAUGUCUCACUCAACUCGAUCUGUCUGCCAUCCGCUGUGGAACCGCUGACCACCCUCCUUCAAAACAUCUGACGACGACUGCUCCCUGACCCACCUGAGUCUUGCAGGAAAUCAACUGAUGGACGGCAGAGUGGCUACCCUCGCCAGUUUGGGAAAUGCAUGGGCAAUGCCAAGAGGUUGACCUUGAUGACCAGGAAGUAGUGGAAGUACAGCCGGAGAAGCGCAUGGAGCAACAGCUAAAGGCAACCUGCUGGGUGUGUGAGUGGGCACUGAAAAAAGUGAAGAAAUCCAUCUCCACUUCCUCUAGCCAGGAGGAGAUAAAGCAGAAGCUAUUGUCCAUUUGCGAUAAAAUCCCUUUCGUAAAAUCUAUGUGUAAACACCUGGUGAAAAAACACUUGUGGGUGCUGAUUGAGGAGCUUAGCACAAGCGAUGACGUGAGGACCAUCUGUGUUAACAUUAAGGCCUGCAAACCAAAGGAAGUUUUGGACCUGAGCUACUGACCAAGCAGCCAGUAUCCAGAUUCCAAAGUGAGAAGAUGGAUGUUCAGGUGUCAAGACAAUGCUAUGCUGCCAGCCUCUUGCUCUUUCUUUUUCAAACUAGUCACAACACAAUUGUAUAAAUGGAUGAUGAAGUUGGAAUGAAUAGGUUCUGAAAUAAUGUUUUGGGAACAUGUAUUAUAAUUAAGCAAUAAGGCCAGAGGGGGUGUUGGUAUAUGGCCAAUUUACCAUGGCUAUGGGCUGUUCUUAUUCACCAUGCAAUGGGGAUUGCCUGGAUACAACCCUUAGCUGUGGUAUAAUGGCCCUAUAACACACACCCCAGAGGUGCCUUGUUGCUAUUAUAAACAGGUUACCAAUGUAAUUAGAAAAGUAUGUAAUUUGAUUUGCGUCAUAUCCGUGGUAUAUUGUCUCAUAUACCAUGGCUUUCAGCCAAACAACAUCCAGGACUCAAAUGAUCCGGUUUAUAAUAGUGUAGGAAUCAGUCUAAAACUGCAGUACAUUUUGUAUCAUCUACAAAUGUAAAUCUUUUGCUAUUUUAGUCCAAAAUGUUGAACAUUUUUAAUGUUUGUUUGAACUUUUUGUCUGGGCAAAAAAUAAACCUCAAUUGAUAGUACAACUACAA